CAAAUCUCUCUUUAUUUCUCCCUCUCAGCAUCACCAUCCCGUGCACGGACACUGUGAUGGGCUCCGACAACAAGCAGAGCAGCAUGUGAUGCUCCGUCCUCCAGCAGUCCUGCGAGCGCUCAGCCAGUAACACACCGACACCCAAGCGCUGCCCGGUGGAUGCAUCCAUGCCUCUCUACACAUUUUCUGCCUUUAUAAUAAAAAGCCUGGAUACUGACUGUUAAAGACUCAAGGACUGAGCCCCAGACCUGAAAUCCAGCUGUCACUCCUCAGCACCUCCCUCACAGCUACAUCCAUCUAUCUCUUCUCCACUCUCUGCCUGCAUCACCUCUUUCUGGUCCCACCAGACCCCGUCUUGCGCUCUCUUUCUCUCUCCACCCCCGCCCCCCCCCCGACCCUCAGCCUCCCUGAUGCCUAAGAACAGCAAGGUGACGCAGCGCGAGCAGAGCCAUGAGCACGUCACAGAGUCGGUGGCUGACCUGCUCGCACACGAGGAGCCAGUCGACUACAAGAGUAGCUCCCUGAAUGUAGGAGGGGCCGCUGGGAAGAAAGUCCCACAGAUAGAGGUGCCUGAAAACGAUGGACGCCCCGCUUGGAACAGCAAGCUGCAGUACAUCCUGGCCCAGGUGGGCUUCUCUGUGGGCCUGGGGAACGUGUGGCGUUUCCCUUACCUGUGUCAGAAGAAUGGAGGAGGUGCCUAUCUGGUUCCCUACUUCAUCCUCCUCCUCAUCAUCGGCAUCCCGCUAUUCUUCAUGGAGCUGGCUGUGGGUCAGAAGAUCCGACGUGGGAGCAUCGGGGUCUGGAACUACGUCUGUCCCAGUCUGGGCGGGAUAGGGAUGUCCAGUCUGAUGGUGUGUGGCUUUGUGGGUCUCUACUAUAACGUGAUCAUCGGCUGGAGCAUCUUCUAUUUCUUCCAGUCCUUCCAGUAUCCUCUUCCAUGGAGCGAAUGUCCGAUCAGAAGAAACGGGACACUUGCUAUUGUGGAGCCAGAGUGCGACAAAAGCUCAGCCACGACCUACUUCUGGUACCGUCAGACUCUGAACACCACCAGCACCAUCGCAGAGAGCGGCGGCCUCAACGUCAAAAUGACCCUGUCACUGCUGGUGGCCUGGAUCAUCGUCUGCCUCGCAGUCAUCAAAGGGAUCGCCUCCUCUGGGAAGGUGAUGUACUUCAGCUCUCUUUUCCCCUACGUGGUGCUGUUCUGUUUCCUGGUCAGAGGUUUAAUGUUGAAGGGAUCAGUGGAUGGCAUCGCUCACAUGUUCACUCCCAAGCUGGAGAAGAUGCUGGAGCCCCAGGUGUGGAGGGAGGCAGCCACCCAGGUGUUCUUCGCCCUGGGUCUGGGUUUUGGAGGAGUCAUAGCCUUCUCCAGUUAUAAUAAGAUCGAUAACAACUGUCAUUUUGACGCCGUGCUCGUCUCUAUCAUCAACUUCCUCACCUCCAUUCUGGCCACGCUGGUGGUGUUUGCUGUGCUGGGCUUCAAGGCCAACAUCAUGAAUGAAAAGUGUGUCGUAGAAAACGCUGAGAAGAUCCUGGGAUAUCUCAACUCAAACGUCCUGAGCCACGAUCUCAUCCCUCCACAUGUGAACUUCUCCCAUCUCACCUCAUCAGACUACGCCGAGAUGUAAGGGGUCAUCAAGACAGUGAAGGAGGACAGCUUCACCCAGCUGGGUCUGGAGCCUUGUGUCCUGGAGGACGAGCUAAACAAGUCUGUCCAGGGCACCGGCCUGGCCUUCAUCGCCUUCACAGAGGCCAUGACUCAUUUCCCAGCAUCUCCGUUCUGGUCGGUCAUGUUCUUCUUCAUGCUAAUCAACCUCGGUCUGGGCAGCAUGAUCGGCACCAUGACUGGCAUCACCACACCUGUCCUCGACACUUACAAGGUCCAGAAGGAGCUGUUCACAGUGGGUUGCUGCAUUGUGGCCUUCUUCUGUGGCCUGCUCUUAGUUCAACGCUCAGGAAAUUACUUUGUCACUAUGUUUGAUGAUUACUCUGCCGGACUGCCUCUCACAGUCGUGGUCAUCCUGGAGAAUGUGUCUGUCACGUGGAUUUAUGGCACAAAAAGGUUCAUGCAGGACCUGGAGGACAUGUUGGGUUUCCGACCGUGCAUAAUCUAUUUCUACCUGUGGAAGUAAGUCUCCCCUCUGUGUCUCAUUGUGCUCAUCACAGCCACCAUCAUAGAGAUGGCCAUCAGCCCACCAGGAUACAACGCCUGGGUCCAAGACCUGGCUCAGGAACGCUUCCAGAGCUACCCUCCCUGGGCACUGGCCAUGUGCUUCGCUCUCAUCAUCGUGGCCAUGCUUCCUCUCCCUGUUGUCUACAUCGCCCGUCGCUUCAACCUGAUGUCAGAUGGCUCCAACAAGCUGUCUGUCUCCUACCGCAAAACCAUGAUGAAGGACAUAUCCAACCUGGAGGAGCAGGACGAGUCCAGGUUCAUCCUUGGCGCUAAGCCCGGUGAGGCACCAUCAUCGACGCCAGCACGCAGGCCCUACCUGACUCCAGGAGGAACCAAAACCCUGGACCCCAACUCGCUGUCUCCAAACAUCUGCUACGGCACGAGCUACCAGAACGCUGCCAUCAGCCCCACCACACCGACUACACCGACCAUGCCCACCACUCCAGAUUCUGACUCUUGACUGCUGUCCAAACGCCCCUCAGACACCCAGUCCUGUAGCACAGUUUACCUUCCAGCCAUAGAGUCUCCACUGGGGGUCACUGCAGCGCCAAGAAUCACCACCGCUGCCCCACUAACACCACAAAACUGUAUGUAGCUGCCCAGUUUAUCUGAACACACGCUUCCCAAAAUAACACCAAGGAACCACAUGGGGAAAAAAAAGACAAAAUUCUUAACAGUAAAUUAAACACUGAAAUCAGGGUGAGGUUGACAGUGACACACUAUACAUCUGUAUCUAUUCUGUAUAUAACAUCACAGGGUUUAUGUGCUUAAGACAAAGUUCUGUGAUCUGCUUUUCUUUGCCUUAGUAUAAGGAUCCUCGGCAGACACAGCCCCCCCACACAGGUUAUAAUGCACAUCCCUGUCUGCACAGUGCAGGGGAUCUGAAAGAAUGUAGAGUGGAGCCAGUGUGGUCCUGGUGGCUGAACUGGUUUUCACUCAGCACACUGGCACAGAGAGCCGAGAUGAAUGUUAAUUUAAUUAUUUAAAAGGAAUACUUCACCCUCCAAAAGAUUCUCUUUAUAUCAAUUACUCAUCCUGUG